GUGGUUCUCCAUGGCUUCUGUGAAUCGUUGGUUGCGACCUGAGGUCUAUCCUCUAUUCGUUGUUGUUGGGGUUGCUGUCAGAAUCUACGGGUUUCAGUUAGUCCGUAACAUCUGGAUCAAUUCUGAAGUUAGGGUAAACAAACAGAAUAAAGCUGUUGGAGUGUUAGAUAACCAUUCAGAAGGAGAAGUGUAUGUGGAACAUGGUUUGAGGAAGUUCGUUCGCACCAAAACCCCUCAAAUGAUGCCUUCGAUUAACGACUUCUUCAUCAGCCCAAAAUGAGUCCAAUGAUUCCAAUUAGUGAAUAAUUCUUGAGGUCUUCACUAUUAUCGUGGUAUUGCUAUUGUUAUUUCCAUUGUGUUGUGACAAUGAGUGCAGCUUGUUUUGAGGUUGAACCUUGUCAAUGUAAAUGGAUGGUUGUAAUGAGUUGGUUUGAU